AUGAAUUACAGUGAAAACGUGACAAUGAUUGGUAGCACUGACGUCAUAUCAACUGAAAUAUGGAACAUCACUAAUAGUUCAGUUGGCGUGACGACAGAUGUCUACUCCAAGUCGUCCUGUCCCAACAUGAACGCCUCUGACUCGUCGGACAAGAGCGCACUCGAGGCGUUCAGUGUCCAUUACGCUGGAGUUCACGGUUAUGUUAGUGUUUUUGUGUGCCUUUUUGGAAUGCUUGCUAAUACGGCAAAUAUUGUUGUACUUACUCGGAAGAAAAUGAUAACUUCAACAAAUUAUAUUCUAACUUGGUUAGCUGUCGCGGACCUGUUUACCAUGCUUGACUACUUCCCGUUUGCUAUCCAUUUCUAUAUUCUGAAGGAUCCGAAACUCCCCUUUCCAAUGACGAAAGGUUACGGGUGGGUAUGUUUUCUUAUGUUCCACGCAAGUUUCAGUGUCGUGUGUCAUACGAUUGCGAUAUGGUUAACAAUAGGAUUGGCCAUAUUCCGUUUUAUAUUCAUAUGGUUUCCAACGAAGGGGGCUUUGUACUGCAGCCAACAGAAAGCUAAAAGAGCAGUGAUAGGUGUUAUCCUGUACACAAUAAUCAUAUGCAUACCAAACUAUAUGUCUAACGAAAUCACGACAUAUUGCCUCGGUGAAGAGGAGCCCGUGUAUUCGCUGGAGGUGAGGAAAGAUGGAGCUUUUGUGGUGAUAAAUUCUGUGAACUACUGGACUCAAGCUCUGCUCUUCAAACUUGUGCCCUGUAUCAUGCUGACGUUGCUGACUCUGCUUCUUAUCACUGCCAUGCAUCGCGCUUACAAGCGGCGAGUUGCUCUGAAAAAUCAAGGUAAGAAGGAGGAUACGGACAAACACAACGAACACAACCGUACCACUCUAAUGCUGCUGGCAGUUGUCGUUCUUUUUCUUAUUACGGAGUUACCGCAGGGCAUUCUUACAAUAUUGAGCAGUUCUAUUAAAGGGUUCUUCGAUUCUGUCUACAUGCCUCUGGGAGAUCUUCUCGAUAUUGUGGCACUUUGCAAUAAUGCUAUCAACUUUGUCCUGUAUUGCGGUAUGAGUACUCAAUUCCGAAAAACAUUUUUUGAAAUUUUCUGCAGCUGUAUUCCCGAGAGGAGGCCAGGAUGGCGAAAACUGGGUGUGGUGACAGCCGAGAAAAAUGGAUGUACACCCACAACGACAACCACCUCAUUGUCAACUACUACUACCAAACUGUGA